AUGCUUCACCCAGAUGCUGAUGAGUGGAGGAUGGUUAAGAAGAAGGAGUUGGACAUGCUCAAGUCCAUGGGGGUGUAUGUGGAGGAGAUGCUGCCACCAGGCCAUAAGGCGAUUGGCUGUUGCUGGGUCCAUGAGUUCAAGGUCCCUUUCGUCGACUAUGAUUCCACUUUUGCCCCAGUUGCCAAGGCUGUCAGCAUCAGGUUCGUGGCCAUUUACUCAGCUCUGCUGGGGUGGGACCUCGAGUGUUUUGACGCCACCCAUGCUUUCCUCUGGGGUGACCUCGCGUGA